AUGGCGCGUCUCGUGUUGGCACUGGCGGCUUCGGCUGUGGCCUGGGGCGCCAGCGUCGCGAGCGUGGAAGAUGUGCAGAGGGCGCGGACCAAGAAGCCACGGGACGCUUACCGGGGUGCGGACCAGGCUUCCAUGAGCCGCACGCUGAACGCGCACCUGCUGGCCAGCGACAAAACGCUGCCCUGCGAGCGCUGGACCUUGGAGGAGCUCCAAGCCUUCAUGGCGCUCGUGGCGGAGCAACGCUCCGAGGAUUUGCAGCAGAUCUACAGGACCACCAUGGACCGCCGGACUUUGCGCGCGGAGUCCCUCGCCGCGUUCCGGGCGCAGUGGCAGCAGCUGAACCGGGCGGUGGCGAAGCAUCCGCAUCUGCACCAGCCGCAGCAGGAGGCCCACUGCAGGGAGGCGGUGAUGUGGUGGGUACAUCACCUGGCAGAGGAGAAGCGGCAAGAGCUGCGAGGAAGGAAUCUCACUGUGCCGCUUCUUCCGGAGGGUUCCAAGAAGCCCUGCGCGCAGUUGAACACGGACCCAGAGGUGGCGAAGGAGACGCAGCAGGUCUGCGUGGGCGUCAACGAGGCCAACUCCUGCGACUGGUGUCACUCCACGCAGGCGGACCAUGACAAGAGGCGUCCGGGCACUUCCCCGCCGGACGCCCUGAAAAAGUUCACUGGGCCCGACGACGGCAACCCCCAGAAGUGGAACCGGACCCGGCGCUGCGACCAAGAUCAGAUGCCCCGGUGCCAGCUCUGCGAGGGUGUGGGUGGAAUGGCCUUCGGCGACCCCAACGAUGACAUCAUCAUCACGCCUUGCGAAGUGGUCGCUAAAGCGGAGGAUGUGGAUCCCAAGACCGUGGCGAAGCCGCUGUACCCCAAGCAGUUCACCAUCAAGCGCAAGGAUGGGAAGCAGGGCGGCUACUCGGAUACUCUCAUCGGAUGGAAGACGGAUCCAUUCUGCUUCGGCUUCUUCCCUCAGAAUGACUCCACGAAGCCCAUGUGCUACCGCAGCGAGGAUGCAUUGGUGAAGUACUAUGAUAUCGAAAAGGAGGCUGAGCGAGCAGAUUACACCAUCCACAAUGGAGGUUUGUUUGCUGCCUUCCCCAACAUCACCUCUUCCAUCCUACAUGUACAAGAGACGAUGUGGAUUCAAAACGACUUGUGGGGCAUCAAGCAGUGCAUUUGCUCCAAUCCCUCGGGCAACCACUGCACGAAUCCACCUUGCAAGGCAUAUGUUCAGCACUGGGAUACUUUUGCCGGUGCUCAAUACCUGGGACGAGAGAAGAUUGGAGCCGAGUGGAUCCAGAACCACGGCGUGGGAAAGUCCGCGAAGAUGAUGGAGCUGGACCACUUCAUUCUGUGGGCGCACCACGUGUGGACGGACCCGCAGAGCCGGCGCCUGGUUCGGGCCUGGAAACCCUUCAACGGGCUGCAGCUCUAUGAUCCAGAGGCGUGGUUGGACAAGGUCGAGGAUCCAUCCGUCUUUGACUCGCCGCCCGAGAUGUGCAAGAAAGGGCACAGAUCUGUGCGGAUCAACUGUGACGAUGAUGGACACUACCAUCCCAAGAAGUCCGAGAACACGCACAUCUUGGAUGCGCUUUUGAAGAGGGCACUCUCCAACGGUCCGGAGGGCAUCUCCGAGUUCGCUUCCCAGCUCUGGGAAGCGACAGUGGUCGUUUGA